CAUGCUGGGCUCCGGACCCGACGGGUGGCAUGGCUAAGCCGGCUAGUGAUUUUGUGACUCCUACCGGAUGGCUCCCAGCCCCAGAACUGACUCCCACGUUGGGGCCCCUGAGCGACACCGCCCCGCCGACGGACAACUGGAUACUCUGGGCAAUGAUGUCGCCGCCGCCACCGCCCUUGUCUUCGCCCGGUGCAGUCGGGUCAGAGCCUUCCUCGGAGGCGCGGCCCCCCAUGGAGGCCCAAGCUCUCCCCGGCGCGCCGCCCCCCUUCGACGCACAGAUUCUUCCUGGGGCCCAGCCCCCCUUCGACGCCCAGUCCCCCUUUGAUUCUCAGCCUCAAGUCUGCGGCCAGCCUUCCUGGAAUUUCCAGGCUUCGACAUCAUGGUACUGGAGACAGUCUCCGGAUAUUUAUUCUUGGCAUCAGAAGUCCCACAACCCCCCAGGUAAACAUUCUUAUUUUCCACGAAAAUAUGCAAACUGUACUGACUUCAAUUCACCUCCCCGUAAAAAACAGAAAAAAAAGAAAAGAAAGGAACCAGUUUUCCACUUUUUUUGUGAUACUUGUGAUCGUGGUUUUAAAAAUCAAGAGAAAUAUGACAAGCACAUUUCCGAACAUACCAAAUGCCCUGAAGCAGAUUGCUCUUUUAGUGCCCACAACAGGAUUGUCCAGUUUCAUUGGAGCAAUAUGCACGCCCCUGGCAUGAAGAAGAUCAAGUUGGACACUCCAGAGGAGAUUGCACGGUGGAGAGAGGAAAGAAGGAGAAACUAUCCUACUCUGGCAAAUAUUGAAAGGAAGAAAAAGUUAAAACUUGAAAAGGAAAAGAGAGGAGAAGUAUUGACAACAACACAGUAUGGCAAGAUGAAGGGGAUGUCCAGAUAUUCACAAAUGGCAAAGAUCAGAAGUCCUGGCAAACAUCACAGAUGGAAAAGUGACAGUGCUAACCAGAGAGCAGUCGUUAGAUCAGGCAUUCGCUCGUGUGGUCCGAAGCCUGAAGGUUCACCUGAGGCCAACACAGAUCCUCUUGGUACUUUGAUAGACAGCGAUUCUGAGUCUGAUAAAGAGGAGAAACCACAACGUACCGUGAUACCCAAGGAAGUAACACCAGCCUUAUGCUCACUAAUGAGCAGCUAUGGCAGUCUUUCAGGGUCAGAGAGUGAGCCAGAAGAAACUCCCAUCAAGACUGAAGCCGACAUUCUGGCAGAAAACCAGGAUUUUCACAGCAGUACUCCUAAGAGUCCAAGUCAAGAUGUUAAAGCAACUGUUAGAAAUUUCUCAGAAGCCAAGAGCAAGAACCAAAAGAAAAGUUUCAAAAAGACAAACCAUAAGAGGAAAAAAGAUUACCACCACUAUGAUACAUUAUUUGAACCAAGAACACACCAUCCAAAUCUCUUGGAAAUGCUGCUGGCUCCAGACAUCCGACAUGAAAGAAAUGUGAUUUUGCAGUGUGUUCGGUACAUCAUCAAAAAAGACUUUUUUGGACUUGAUACUAAUUCUGUGAAAACUGAAGAUGUAUAGGUGUUUGAUGUUUCAGUACACAUACCUGAAGCAUGUAAAACAGUCCCAUCCUCAAGUUAGGCAGGGAAGCCAAAAAACUUUUUUUCAAAACUGGAUUAAUAAUUAAAUUGUAAGCCUCACAGGAUAUUAUGUUGGAUUUUCAUCUGUCCUUUGGUUCCAUGCAAAUAAAUGCAUAACUGAUUUUUAA